AGAAACCCUCAGUAGAGGGCGAAAAAUCGCUUUUGGCAUCGCCAAUUGGACGAACCGACCCUUGGCAAUUGGUAACGUCGAAGAAAAUUCCAGGGCUUUUCCAUCACAUUAAUAGAAUACACGACUAUUGAAAACAUUCUUUAACCUCAAAACAUUGAGAAAUAAAAAUGGUACUAGGAAAAAGAACUCUGGAACUUGCAGCAAAAUGGAUACCAUCAGCAACCCUCUACGGAGGAGUUGGCAGCCUAGCUUUCCUGUACUUCAGCGACUGGAGACUCAUUGUAGAUCUCAUUCCAAUCUAUAAUGGAAAAUUCAAAGAUACGAAGUAAUAAAAUAUGUAAAGUCAACCAAAAUUAUUAGACACUCCUAAAAUAUGAAUUAUAGUUGAACUCUCAAUCGUU